AUGACAGGGGGCGCCUACACGGAACGGAAGGUGGCAGAGUUUUGGAAGUGGUUGGAGAAGAACGGGGUGGUUGAACAGGGGAAGACACCAUUCCGCAUUGCAGAGGUGCCUGAAGGCCUGGGUCUCAUAGCAACGGCCCAAAUCAAUGAGCGCGACGAGCUGUUUGCAAUCCCAGAGUCGUUGCUUUUGUCCGUAAGCGCCGCACAAGCUUCACCGGUGCGAAAACACCUGGCAGAUCUGCCCGCUUGGAUCGCCCUGGCACUGUUUCUGUUGCAUGAGAAGGCGAAACCCGAGUCACGGUGGCGGCCCUACUUGGACCUACUGCCAGAGGAGCUGGAUUCCCCCUUCUUCUGGGAGGACGACGAUCUCAAAGAGCUGGAAGGCACACAGCUGCUCGGCAACGUCUUGAGUUACCGAAGCUUCAUCGAACGAACCUUCGAGGAGUCGGUUCGCCCCAUCCUCGAAAGCCAACCCCAACUGUGGCCGCAGUCGGUGGCAACUUCAGACGCGUUCUCCUGGGCGUUUGGAAUUGUCCGCUCCCGAACGCAUCCCGCGCUUGCUGGAGACGACAUUGCGCUGGUACCCCUGGCUGACUUGAUAAACCACGGCAACGGGCCGUACGUGGGCGCUUCCAACCAGGACUUUUGGGCGAAGAAGACGCAGAUCACGAUGGACUACGGCGCCGAAAAGUCGAACGGCGAUCUGGCGCUUGACUACGGGUUUGUUGUAGACGGGGGUAUUGGGGAGGGGACGCGAGACAAGUUUCAGCUGACGCUGGAGGUUCCGGAGGAGGACCGCUUUGUGGACGACAAGCUGGACGUCGCGGAGCUGUACGGGCUGGGCCAGGUGUGCGAGUUUUCGCUGGAGCGCGGCCUUGACCCCUCCUCCCAGCUGCUCGCCUUCAUCCGCCUCAUCGCGCUCGCGGGCGCCGACGCCUUCCUGCUGGAGGCCAUCUUCAGGGAUGCGGUGUUGGAGCACGUGUGCCUGCCGGUGAGCCGCGAAAACGAGGAGAGCGUCUGCGCGUCCAUGAUUGACGGCCUGCGGAGCUCGCUCAGCAACUACGAGACGACGAUCGAAGAAGACGUCCGACUGCUGGGUGAUAUAGACGGUGACGACAGGGCCACGAGGCGAAAACGGAUGGCCGUCAGCGCCCGCCUGGCUGAGAAACGGGUUCUAAUAGAAGGCCUAGACUUCUUCGAGACUCGGCUCAAGGACCUGGACCGCCUUGAGUACUAUGCGGAGAGGCGGUUGAAGAGUCUUGGGCUGCUGGACGACAGCGGUGACGUCACCCCCUGGGACGAAUUCCAAAUGUAG